UUCUCUAGUGGCAACAUUGUGUACUUUUAGAACAAAAAUGGCAAAAUUGAUUUUUCUAGCUGUAUUUGCUUUACUCGCAAUUUUUGCUUCCACUGUAUCAUCUGCAACAACUUCCAGAUACGACGAUCGUGGACGUUAUAAUCCAUACCAUAAUGACCACUAUCGUUAUUACAAGAACCGUGAAUACUACAAUAGACGCCAGCACUACGAUACUUACUUCAAACAGUACAAUCCCGAUGUUGUGGCACAACAAGCGCGUAUUGUAGCUCAAGAAAUUGUACCAAAUCACGAUGGCACUUAUUCUUAUAAUUACGAAACAGAAAAUGGCAUUCAUGGUGAAGAACAUGGUGUGUCUGUACGUGUAGGUAAUGAUGAAGAGAAGGAAGUAGUUGAAGGAUCAUAUUCUUUCGUUACACCAGAAGGUAUACGUGUAGUUGUCAAAUACACUGCCGAUGAUAAUGGUUUCCAUCCUGUCAUUACCUAUGAUGGUGUCAAUUCUGAACAAUUGGUUCCUACUCAACAACCAGCCGAUGUUGUCAUCACUCGAUUGAAUUGAAAAGCCGCUUAGUUUGAAUUACUUUAAUGUAGACGCUACCUCAAAUAAUGCACUAAGUGCAAUAUUCUAUCUCCUAAAUUAAUACUAAAUAAACCAAUUAAUUUCAACUUAUUAAUAAAAGAGUU